AUGGUAGAAAUUUGGUUCAGUAGAAACCGGGAAAUGUAUGAAGAUCAAGUUCCCAGUAGUGUACAAGUAAAGGGAAGGAUACUGAAUUUUACUAAGGAAUGCAACAUCAGACUUAAGGGGGAAUGGAAAGGUGAUCUAUAUGAUUUCCAAGUACUAUGUACAUUUGGCAUUAACAAUAUUCCAGUGAAAACUAAUAUGGUGAAGGAGUGUUUCUUUAAAUUUCCUGAGUUAAAUCAAGUUUUACUUUGUUGUGAGGGUGCUACUAGAGGAAAUCCUGGUCAAGUAGGUGUGGGUUGUGUUGGAAGGGACAGUGAAGGAAGGUGCAUUGGAGCUUUCUCAGGGGGGAUUGGAAUUGCUACUACCUACAUAGCUGAAGUUAUGGCUUUAGUUUUAGCUGGAGAAUGGGCAAUAAAAAGAGGUUAUAUAAACAUCUUCUUCAGUUUGAACUCUAGGGCAGUCUUAUCAGCUUUUGUGUCAGAAAGAAUUCCUUGGAUAGUCAAUGUUAGAUGGAAGAUCAUUAAAAAGAAACUGAGGGGGAUUGAUUUCAAAGAUUUAUACAAAGAGACUAACUUCUCUGCUACAAAAAUGGCAAAGAAAGGAGCACUUAUGGCAAGAGGAGAAUGGGAACAUUAUGAUUAUAAGACAAUUUUCUUAGGAGAAAUGGAAACUGAAAAUACAUCUUACUUUAGAUUCUGA